ACUUUCCGCUAUGGCUCCAUCGCGCAAGAACAAAGUAGUGAAGGAAGAGGUGCAGGUUUCGCUUGGACCACAGAUCCGCGACGGUGAGAUCGUGUUCGGCGUGGCACACAUCUACGCGAGCUUCAACGAUACCUUCGUGCAUGUGACGGAUCUGUCCGGCAAGGAAACCAUCUCCCGGGUUACCGGUGGCAUGAAGGUAAAGGCGGACCGUGACGAAGCUUCACCGUACGCCGCUAUGUUGGCUGCCCAGGAUGUGGCCGAAAAAUGCAAAUCGCUCGGCAUUACGGCGCUGCACAUUAAGCUCCGUGCAACCGGUGGCAAUCGUACGAAGACACCCGGACCGGGUGCUCAGUCGGCCCUGCGUGCCCUGGCCCGUUCGUCGAUGAAGAUCGGUCGUAUUGAGGAUGUGACACCGAUUCCGUCGGAUUCUACCCGCCGCAAGGGUGGUCGUCGUGGUCGCCGUUUGUAAGCAGACGUAUCCCGGGUGCAUGGUGUG